AUACAAUAUUAUUUGUUUGCUCUCUGUAAUAAUAUUUGCGGGAAGGGGGCUGCAGGCACCCCCCCCCCUCUCACGAGUGUGUGUCCUCAAUCGUACAUAGUAUCGUAAACUAUAGAGCAUUUUUAAACUUCUUUUUUUAAUAACUCUUUAAUGAACAAUGAGUGACGGAAAAUGUCAAUGGCCUUGACCUCUUUAGGGGUCAAGAUCCACACUAAGGUCAACCAGAGGUCAUUUGGUGGGGGGUGACUUGUAGUCAAUAUUUACCAAGUUUUUCACCUAAAUAAGAAAUAUUUAAAGUAGGUACACAGACUUCUUGCGUACGGUAUCAUCAUUAUGUAUGUACCAGUGCAGAUAGAAAGCGUCGCAUUGUUACAUACCAUAAAAUUGAUACUAAUAUCCGAGCAAUUAUGAAUAUUUCAAUUCAAUUCAAGAUGUUUAUUGUCUUUUGGUAAAUUCAAUUUGUGUAAAUAUGAGUAUAAUCUGAUAGUGAUAGUUUGCACUUGAACUUAAUGUCAGCAAAACACGAAUUUGUAAGAUUGAUAUAUCGUUACUAAAUCGUGGAAUUUGUACAAGUUCCAUGUUCUCUUAGUAAUUUAUAAUAAAUAUUAUACCAUGAAACUUUAAUCGAGACUAUUAAUUUAAACUGUGCUUAAUAAAGUCUACUUAAUCCUCAGAAUAUAAUAUAUUAGCCUACAAAAGUGCUAUUUAACAUUGUAAUUUAUUAAUAAGAAAUUACAAUAAAAUUUUUGUAGGAAAUAAUAAGAAAAAGAUAAUAUAAAAUUAACGGCCCAAUAGACUAAUUUUAGACAAUAAAAAGUCAUAUUUUAUUCUAAGAAUUAAUUGCUCGUCGUGUUCGAUUAUAAAACAGCCAUGGAAGCUAAAUCACGUACUUGUUGAAUAUAUAAAAUCAGUGCGCACGCAGAGGUUUUCCUUUCAAAAUGAUGAUCGUGAAGAAGGCGAUUUGGCAGCUGCUUCUUUUGAUAGUUUUUUGUGAUCAUAUAACAAGCUUGAUUAUACCAGAAGAACUUCCGACGAUUUUGUCACUCAUAUAUUCAAAUAUUCCACCAAUAAAGAAAGGAACCGAUUCCAGACUUGGCGUUGGUUUUCGAUUAGGUGAGCAUGCGGACUUCCAGAUUUUAAUUGAACUCGGACCCCAAACCGAAACAGAUCCGAUAGGUACAUCCAAUGAUGCUAAAAGGCGACGAGAUGCAGCGUUCAACGCCGCAAUGAAAGGAGAGCUAGGACCAUUAGCACAAGCGGUGGCCAAAUAUCAAAUAGAGCAUAGAAUCCAGAAGGAAAUGGACAAACUGAAAGUAAUGGAAGAAAAACUUAAGAAGAUUCAAAUAGAGAACGUAAAAGAUGAAGAUACGGUUUCCAGUAACUGGUUGACAAAGUGGAGGAAGGAAAUAUCGCAAUCAGUAAAAGAUAAUGAGCCAUUAAAUUCUACUCAAAAUGGAGAUGAUAAAAUAAAUCAACUAAGAAUAGGAAAGCCAGCGGUUAAAUCCAUUGUUUAAAAGCAUAAAUUGUAAAAGUUAACUAAAUCAUAUGCAUUAUAUAUUCUAAUAAACAAGAAACAUUAAAUCAA